AUGGAUUAAUAAAUUAAACAAAAGUAAGUUGAAGAAUUUUAGACUGAAGAUAUAAAAUAUUAAAUGAGUUCAAAAAAAGUGGAAAAUAAGAAGUAUUAUUUGUUUGAAUACAAAAAAGAACUAAAUAAAGAUUAGAUUGAUAAAGUUAGUUAAUUUUUAUAAUAAUUAGAGAUAGGAUAAAAAGGAGAAGAAGGAAUAGAAAGAGUAAUAAAUAUUUGAAAAAGGAUAGAGAAUGUGA